UAGCCGUUAGCUCCUGCCUGCUGUUUCACUCAUUGAUUUACUUCUAAACUAAUGUGUCCUAAACAUGGAUUCAACACAGUGAACACAGACGUGUUCGGUGUAAACAGAACGGCGUAUCUCACAGCUGUAUGACAACAAGUUGAAGAUGGAGCCUGUGGAUCCUCCCAAGAAUGUUGAGGGCAGUGGAUUUCGCAAGCGGCGCAUUUCUUCAAUUUUGAAAGCACCACGGAAAUCAACCACAUUGCCUGACACGGAACAACAGGAAAAUGAGGCGGAAAUUGCCAAACCAGUGGAAAAGAGGAAUUCAAGGAGAGUCAGUUUUGCUCCUGCAAAUGAUGUUCUACUAUUUGCCAACGAUAUCAAGAAUGCCUCCCCUGUUCGAAGUCCUCUCCAAGAUUUGAUGACAGCAACUGCAACAAUGCAAAACAGGGCCCAAGUAGUGACCAGUGAAGAUGGGGCUAAACAAAUCAUGGGUAUAGAAAACCUGUUGAAUGCUCCUCUACAUGUUUCUCAACAAAGGGACACAGUGAACUUUGACAGUGGGAAGGACUUUGGAGAGAAGACAGUGAUGUUUUCUACCGAUGAUGCACUCAUGGACAUGACCCAUAGUCACACUAUAAACAUUGCAAGUGACGCAGAAUUACUCGGGGAUAAAUCCCUUCACAGUUAUAACAUUUUGUGUCCUGGCAGUGAGAGAGGAUUGGAUGACGGAUCCGCAGAUAUGGCCCAAAGUCAUCCUCUAAACAAAAAGAGCGGGUCUGCGCCAGUAUCAGCAGACAGACACGUGGAUUUAAAUGCAAAGAGGACAACUGUAUCUGCAGCCCUCCCUUGUUUAGAUCUUGAAUUUGAAGACUUCCUUGCUAGUCUCUCCAAACCCAGUGGGGCCAGCACCCAAGCUGGCACCAGGAAUACUCCUUUUGCCACACCAUCUUCUGUACAAACAAACAGUUCCAUGGACCAGAGUAAAACACAAGGACCUGAUAUAGACAAAGAAAAUCAAGUUCCAAAGUCACUAAACAGGACCAAGAUUGGCCAAUCUUUUCACAGAAGUGUGCUGUGUCCCGAAGACGAUGUCGGCAUGGACAUGACUGCAGCUCACACAGGUUGCAUUCUGGGAGCUGGUGAUGAUGAUCCUUUUCAGUGUCCUUUUCCCAAUCAAGAUAUGCACGCCCAGUCUGACAAAAGAGUGUCGCAGAUGGCAGAGGUGAAAGGGCAGCGGAGCAGUAAAACUUCAACUAACCCGCAAGAAAAGUCGACGUUGAUAAACCCUCCUCUACAUGCUCUGCACCAGAGACAUAACGUUGGUUCUGAUCCAAAAGUUGAAAGCAGAGAGAACACAAUGAUGUUUACUGCAGGUAAUGACUUCAUGGACAUAACUCGAAGUCACACAGUAAACAUUGCCAACGAUUCACUGGCUCCUGCAAAAAUGUCAGCAGAUAGCUUUCAUCCACAGUUUAAUGACGUAUUUGCAAGUCUUUCCAAACCAAGUGAUCGCAGUGGAAACAUCCCAAGAACGAAAGCUACUGCUGAACAGUCGUUUAAAGUACUGGGCAACUCAGAUGGAUGCCUGUCAAAGAUUGAGACAUCAAUCACAAAAGAAAAGUGGUUGCUGAAUACAAGCAGGAGCUCUGGAGAGCCACCUGAAGACCCAAAUAGAGACAAAAUCAGCUCUGAAAGCGACAUAAACAUGGAUAUGACAGAAGCUCAAACAGGACGCAUCAUAGGGCUCACCGAGUCAGAUGAUCCUUUCCAGUUUCUCCUUCCCUUACAAGACAUGCACCCUCUCUGUGAAAGUCAGAAGAAAGCAGAUGUGACACCACGACAGCAAAGCAGCAAAGAAUUCCCAUCAUCUAGUCAUACAGGCAUGGAAAACCCAUUAAGACAAUCUUUAAAGAUGCCACUACAAAUACACCAGGAAAAACGUGUGACUGAAGAUGCCAAAGAGAAAACGCUGAGGUUUUCUGCCGUUGGUGCCGGUAUGGACUUGACUCGAAGUCACACUGUAAACAUCGCCACUGCUCAUAAACUGCAGUUGCACCAGAAUGAGGACUUUUCACCCACAUGCAGAGAGAAAACUGUGAGGUUCAGUGCCGAUGAUGGAACAAUGGAUAUGACCCAGUGCCUCACUGUGAAUAUUGCCAGUGACUUGCCAUCAGAUUCAGCCACUUCUGUGAAGACACAAGAACGUCCACCUCUGAACGGACCGUCAUACACACACGGUUUGGAUCCAGGGUUCAAUACCCCCUUGACCAGUCUAUCUAACCCAAAUGACCACUGUGCUAAUCCUGUGAUUUCAAGAAUGAUAUCUACUGCUGCAAGAUCCCAUGAUGGAUGCAAAAUCUCUUCUGAAGGUAGUUUAAGCAUGGAUGAGACUGGACUUGAAACGGUCAACGUGUUGGGAUGUGACGUUGGCAUGGAUAUGACUGAAGUUCACACAGGCCGCAUUGUAGAAUUCCCAGGUAGAGAUGAUGUUCAGGGUGAGUUAUCCACUCAAGAUAUGAACCCCCACAGUUCUGUUCUGAAGAAACUGGAGAAGACUUCAAAUCAGAAGAGGAAAGAAGCCCUUGGGCCAUCUAACUUUACAGGUGUCGAAUUCAGGAGUUCUUUAAAGAAAAUGCCAACAGAGCAGGUCAAGUUUCAUUCGGAAGAUGACAACAGAGAGAAAACAGUGAGGUUUACCGCUGAAAGUGCCUGCAUGGAUGUUACACAAAGUCACACGGCAAACAUUAUCGCUCAUUUACCACUUGAAUCAUUUCCACAUGUGGACAUGCCUGGACAUGGAGAGAAAACAGUGAGGUUCACUGCAAUCGAUGCAGCCAUGGAUGUGACACGGAGUCACACUGUGAACAUAUCCACGGAUCUGAAUGCCCUCUUGCAGCAAAACAAGGACUCUGUACCUGCUACUGGAGAGAAAACAGUGAGGUUCACUGCAAUCGAUGCAGCCAUGGAUAUGACAGGGAGUCACACUGUAAAUAUUAUAAGUGAUUUGCCACAGUCAAACCAAAAUGUGGGCCAUUUUCCUGCUGACAUUGAUGGCACAUUGAAGUUUACUGGAAAUGAUGCAGCUAUGGAUGUGACAAAAAGUCAUAAGACAAACAUCGCCACCGAUUUUAAACCAAAAUCACAUCAAAAUGUAGGUUUUAUGCCCAUAUGUGACAUAAACGAAUGCCUUGCUGUAAAUACCAGCAAUUCAGGAUCGGACAUCGUUCAGCUUAAAACACAUCGGCCUGACUUGAACACGGGAAAGGAAGUAGCAGGUUUCGCUUCAGUUGUUGUGAAAAAGCCAGAAAAUCAAAUCCUGACUGACUGUCCAGAAGUCACUGCAAGCAUGGACAUCACUGCAGCUCAAAUGGGCUACAUUUCAGUGCAAACAAGUGCAGAUAUUCCCUCUCAAAGUCUCUCGGCAACGCAGGUCUCUACUUCUGACAGUCUGAACACAACCAAGUUGAUUUCACAGAGCAAUGAAUCACUGAGAUCAUCCAGUCCAGAUGCUGUAAAAGUAACAAAUCCUGCAGAUUAUUAUGACUCAAAUUCAAUGGAAACCACAAAAGAACAUGAACCAAAAACUACAGUAUAUCCACUGUCACAAGAGAUGGAAAGUUCACCAAAUGCUGUUGACCAAGAUACUGAUACGCUUUGCUCACAAACAUCCAGACGGAGAAGUUUAGCUAAACUCCAGUCAAAAGUCAGGCGUUUAAGUCACAUGAUCAAUACAGCUCCUGUUGUUCCCACGGAUAGCUGCACCGCACCUUUGCCUCAGUUGGACCACGACUUGAAUCAAAACUCACCUAGUAAAACUACAUCUCUACCCAUAACAGAGUCAGAAAUGACUUCGGUAAACACUGAAAAUAAUACACAAGAUCAAGAUGUGGAGCAAGCCUCUGAUACCGUCUCUGCAACCCCUUUCAACUUGAAGACUAAACGGCUCAUGUCAGCGCUCACAGUGGGAGGCUUCAGACCAAAACUCCCCCAAAGAAAUAACCCUGAAGAUUCAAAAAAGGUGGCCACUGUGGGAGAAUCUACAAAAACCACCACAGUCGACGUUACCCGUCAGAUGAACAACUUUGACGAUAAUGACAUCAGUGAUAUUUAUGACGAAGAGUUGGGGAGCUAUGAAGAUGUGUCAGAAACUCUGAACACCGGGAGUCCCGAGAAGAUAUUAAAAAAAGAGAGUCCUCCCCAGGAACUGAACACGUUGGAGCCUUUAGAGGAUGAUGUACUUGAAGAAGAGUUUGUUAGCAACAUCAGCAGACAAAAGAGACCACUAGCAGAGGAUGAAGAUGGCAAGCAGCCUGAGAAGAGACUGAAAGAAAGCACAGAGUUUGUUGAAGAGGCAUUUCAGUCCAAUGUUGUUGAGUGUGACAGUAACAUCAGCACGGCUCGUAGUACUUCCUGCACCAUUGAUUCGUCCAGCAGUGGUCACACAGCCAGCAGAUGUGAAGCUGCAUUCGAGUCAACUAUAAAGAACAGUCUAUUUGAAUCCCAGCUUGAAGAUUAUGCCAGUGAUGCACAGAAGAAGCUUGAAGAUGGAACAAUUACGGCUUCAGAGUUCUUCAAACUCUUCAACAUAGACUUUGUCAUCCAUAAUCCUCGGCAGAGUGUCAUUCCUGGCAGGCUUUUAUCUGAAGCGGGAGCUACUCCACUGGAUUUGUUGAAAGACAGACACAUUAGCCGUCCUAAAGUGUUGGUCUAUGAGAGGGACAUACAGACCCUCACAGAAAAGGUGGAAGGCCUGAAGGUUCGAAUGCUGGACCUGGACAAACCUCUCAAGACUCUUAACAGACCUUUGUGGGAACAGAUGAGACACUCUUCAGAGAAAGAGCUCAAAUCCUUUGGUACCAAACUAAAGGAGAGAAACAACUUCUUCAGAAAAACAAGUAAAGUUCAGUCACAUGAAACUAAGGAAGUCCUCUACACAAAUCUUGCAAGGGCUAAUCUGGAGGAACGGCAGAAGGUGAAAGGGAUGAUUGAGCAGGCCGAGGAGAUGGUGAAAAGUCUGGAUGGUUGUAUUGGUGAAUUAGAAGCAGAACUUGUUGCAGUAGACGAAAGCGGCUCUGAGGACAAACAGAGUCUGAAAUCACUGCAAGAGGAAAUGAAAAAAGUCACUGAAUCGUUGGCUGACAAUGACAAACAAAUCGCUGAACUGGAAAUCCAGAAGCAGCAGAAUUCAAGUAAACUCAACAGGUUGAAAGCAGAGACGAGGAACCUGGAGAGCCACAUGGACAUGCUCAAUACGUUGAAUGAAUGGAAGUUCAGAGAGACAAGGAACAACUGCACAGUUUACACUUUUCUUCAUGAGACGAUGCUCCUGCAGUUGGUGCAUGAAAAAUCCAGUGGAAAUGACACUGACGGUGGAUCUGAGCUGAAAACCACAAACAUCACCUUCAAAUUAGAGCUCAAUGAUGAGAAGUCACAUGCCCACGCUCGCCUCGUUCACAAACUGAUCGCUCAAUACGUCGAGGAGGAGUCGGCCUGGGUGGAAAAAUACCCAACAAGUGCACACAUUCCACAGCUGCUGCAUGACGUCAGCCUGGUGGUGAGUUCCUGUCGUCUGCUGGGAGAGGAGCUGCGUCUCCUGAAGAUGUGGGGAGGUCUGCGGCUCGAUAUACUGGACAUCAGCUGCCAAGACACUCGAGUGAACAUCGUCUUCAGCAGUCUCAAGAAAUUCUCCAAGUUUGAAGCUGUUUUUGCUGUCAGUUUGACCAACCACUUCUACGUCCUUCAACUGGAAAGCUUUCAAAAUAUGAUAGGAAGCACCACGAUCCAACAAAUUGAAGAAGUUGUGGCGUCAUUCAGUCCAUCCAGGAAUCUGCUGACAAAGAUUGUCAAAAAGAUUCACGAUGCUCUUCUCUGUUGAUCGGGAGCAGAUCACGUCCAUUUAAAUUCUGCUCCUUUCUCCAACUCUCUUGUACAGUCUGGAUGUUAAACCCUUAAAAUUCAGUUUGAUGAACAUUUUUAUAUGCCAAUUAAGAAAUAAAUAUAGUGUACAUACUUUCACUGAAGUUUGUUUCCCCUCUAUUUGUGUUUGUUCUCGUAAUCAUUUGCAUUAAUUACAAAAAAAAAACGUAAAUGUCUUCUAAUUGUCUUCCAAAUACCAUAUUUUCACCCCCUGGCAUCUUUAAAAAAAAAAAACCUGGGAUUCAUUUCAAAGCAGCUUAAAAUAUAUGUAUUUAGUUAACAGUUAUAUAGUGGACAUUUUAUAGGAAGGUAUUGAUAUUAAAUGUACUUUUGCUAUUUUGAAAAACAAAAUUCAGAAUAAAGGUUUUUUGCAUUAAUAAAGUGUGCAAGUCUAUCAGUACCAUUUUUAUGAAAUGUUUUUUACCUCUCCUCGCUCUAAUGUUUGGACUGCGGUGAUGGUUCUUUCCACGUAAUGUAAUAAAACAUAGUUUGAAGCUGAUUAACACAUUAAUUACUAAG